AUGAACAAACUGCUCACGACCGUUUUGACCAUAUUCUUUAUACUGCAAAGGAGUUACAUUGAGGCGGAGAAUCAUGAAAUCACUCACAAGACUUACUUCGACAUAAGCAUAAAUGACAAGCCAAUCGGAAGAAUAACGUUCGGGCUAUACGGAAAGGUAGCCCCCAAGACGGUGGAAAAUUUCGUUAGUAUAUGCAAAGGAACAGUAGUGAAUGGUAAAAUGUUGAACUAUACGAAUUCGAUUUUCCAUCGCAUAAUUCCAAAUUUUAUGGCACAAGGUGGUGACAUAACGCACUUCAACGGAAUGGGUGGUUUGAGCAUUUAUGGAGAGAAAUUCCCCGACGAAAAUUUCACAUUAAAGCAUACGAAGCGGGGAAUGCUUUCCAUGGCGAAUGCAGGGAAAAAUACCAAUGGAAGUCAGUUUUUUAUUUUAUUUAUUCCGACGCCUUGGCUGGACGGAAGGCACGUUGUCUUUGGGGAAGUAAUUGAUGGAUUGGACAAGUUGGUUCAGAUUGAAGCGGUUGGCACCGAUUCUGGGGCUCCCGUAAAACGAGUCCUAGUCACAAAAUCGGGUGUGUUGUGA